AUGAGCUCAAGCCAGUACCCAGUUCCACCACCAUCGUACUUACCGUCAGGCUCGUCUAGAAAGCCUGCUCCUACUUCUGAUGACGAUGUACAUUCGCCGUUGCUCGGUCGCUCCAGGUCCCCGGGGGGUGGGAUCUAUGAUCAGCCUCAACAAGGCGACCUUCCUGACGACUUCAAGUACGGCGUUACAGUCUCUGAGAGCUCUCAGGAAAUUCGAAGCGCAUUUGUUCGCAAGGUUUACACUAUUCUGUUCUGCCAGAUUCUCGCCACUUGCGUUGUCGCCGGCGGAAUCUCCCAGUCAUUUGAGGCUAUAACUUGGGUUACAACACACACCUGGUCAUUCUAUGUCCCCCUUUUUGGUACCCUAAUCAACCUUGGAUUGCUGUACUGGAAGCGUCAUAGCCAUCCCCUUAACCUGGUACUGCUGUCCACCUUUACGGUAAUGGAAGCGUUCACGCUCGGCGUCGUAACUGCGUUUUUUGAUAACAUCAUUGUUCUGCAAGCACUACUGAUCACGCUCGGUGUAUUCUUGGGCUUGACUCUGUUCACUUUCCAGUCGAAGUAUGACUUCUCCGGUCUCGGCCCCUGGCUUUUUGGCGGUCUAGUCGCAUUGAUAAUGACCGGCAUGGUUGGCAUCUUUAUCCCUUUCAGUAGCACGAUGGACAUCAUAUUUGCUAUUGGUGGAUGUCUUAUCUUCAGCGGCUACAUCGUCUACGACACGUAUAACAUCAACAAGCGCCUCUCACCUGAUGAGUUCAUCAUGGGCUCCAUCAGUUUGUACCUUGAGUAAGUCCUUUAGCGUAAUCACGCUUUUUUAGCUGACGAAACGCCUACUUUCUAGUUUUAUCAACCUUUGUACGUCAUCUCGACGGGCCUAUGAGAUUGUGUUUACUGAUCAUCGCUUUCGCAGUCCUCUACAUCCUCCGUCUCCUGAACGACCUUCAGGACCGGUAAUCGCCCUAUCUCCAUGGACAGGAGCGGUUUAAUUUAAGUCCC